UCUCAUGAAGCCGGCAGCAUGAGGCAGCGAACAGUGGUGAUGUAUGUGGAGAUCGGCUGCUUUGUGUCCUGUCUGUGUGGCUGGAUGUUGAUCUGUUCCACUCUGGCCAUUGAGUUCUGGGUCGUCUCAGAAAGUGCUUCUGUCGUUCUCAGCGCCGGGGAUUACUAUUCCAACCUCUGGAUGGACUGUGUCUCAGACGCCACAGGAGUAUCUGACUGUAAAUACUUCCCUUCCAUGAUGGACCUGCCUGUUUUCCUGCAUGUGUGCAGGGCUCUGUCUGUGGUCUCUGUGAUCUUUGGGUUCUGGGGAGCUGUGCUUGCCCUCAUUGGGAUGAAAUGUACCAAAAUCGGAGGCUCUGAACUCGCCAACGCCAGAGUUACAUUCGCAGCAGCAUUGACGUACAUGGCAUGCGGGUUCAGUGGUAUGAUAGUCUACUCCUGGUGGGGAGAUAAAGUGCGUUCAGAAUUUGUGGAUCCAUAUUUCUUAGAAACAAAGUUUGAGCUCGGUGCCGCUCUCUUCAUUGGUUGGGGAGGUUCGUGUCUGGUUAUAUGUGGAAGUGCAGUCAUGUGCUAUUUCUCUGGGAAAGAGUCAUUCCCCAAAAGAUUCAAUAAACAACUCAUAAGACCCCCAACCAAAAUGACGGCACGUACCAGACGUACGUACAUGCUGCCCGUCUCGUCCAGACCCACAACAGUCUUCAUCCCUCCUUCACACCAAUCAUACAGUGAGAGAAGAGGAAGAAGAGAGAGUAGAGGGAGGAGAGGAACACAAGGAAGCCAGUUUUCAAGAACCGUCAGACCCAUAAGGCCUCCUAUAGACUCAGCUGUGUAACCCAGUGUUUAAAGAAACGAUAACACAGCAGUAAUAAAAUCAGGUUGUGUCAAAUUUUACAACAUUCAUGUUAAUUUCUUAACAUUCUUUUGCCCAUUGUUAAUUCAUGUUCUU